AACGCGUUCUCACAAGUGGGGGCUCACACUAGAUCCAAGUUAGGAGCUGUGAGCUCAGCUGCUGCUAGCUAGCUUUAGGCCCAUCAUGUAGCCCAGCGCUGCCGAGCCCAUAACCCCCCUUUUUUUCUGCAAAACGGUUAGAGAAAUUCACCGGUGCCGCUGAGAACUGCAGCUCGUGCACUGAGCCUCGCGCUCGCGGGACUGACACGAGCCGACUUCAGGCCGAAAGCGCAUGAGUGCAUGAGGAUCAAGGCUUAUAUUGCUGCACCUUUUAUUGCAAAGAAAAGAGAGAGAGAGAGAGAGAGAGAGAGAGAGUAAGUAAGUCCUCCAGACCGCCGAAGAAGAAGCACGAGCGCGGGGGGGGAGAGAGAGAGAGAGAGAGAGAAAGAGAGAGAGACACACACACAGAGAAGGGAGAGGGAGAGAGAUAGAGAGCAGAGAGAGAGAGAUGGAGGGAGGGAGCGAGAACGAACGCAAAGUCUUUUGUGCUUCCCCUCCCCCCCACCGGAGCAAAGGGGAAAUGUCCGUGUCCAAAGGAGGAGCUAAGAAGAAGCCGCCUGUGCCCAGGCUCCCUAAGGAGGCGUUUGAGCAGCAACCUACACCUCCUGCACCCCCAAGAGACCUGGACUCAAAAGCCUGUGUUACCAUUGGUGAAAAGAAUUUUGAGGUGAAGGCAGAUGAUCUGGAGCCGAUCGGAGAGCUGGGCAGGGGGGCGUAUGGAGUGGUGGACAAGAUGAAGCAUGUGCCCAGUGGCAUAAUCAUGGCUGUAAAGAGAAUCCGGGCGACGGUGAACAGCCAGGAACAGAAGCGGCUGCUGAUGGAUUUGGAUAUUUCGAUGAGGACCGUGGACUGCUUCUUCACAGUCACUUUCUACGGAGCGCUGUUCAGAGAGGGCGAUGUGUGGAUCUGCAUGGAGCUAAUGGACACCUCACUGGAUAAGUUUUACAAGCAGGUUCAGGAGAAGGGUUUGACCAUCCCGGAGGACAUCCUGGGCAAGACGGCCGUUUCGAUCGUGAAAGCUCUGGAACACCUGCACAGCAAACUGUCCGUGAUCCACAGAGACGUGAAACCCUCCAACGUGCUGAUAAACAUGCAGGGUCAGGUGAAGAUGUGUGAUUUUGGGAUCAGUGGCUACCUGGUGGACUCGGUGGCCAAAACCAUGGACGCUGGCUGCAAACCCUACAUGGCACCGGAGCGGAUAAACCCGGAGACUAAUCAGAAGGGCUACAACGUCAAGUCUGAUAUCUGGAGUUUAGGAAUCACCAUGAUCGAGCUGGCCAUCCUACGUUUCCCGUACGACUCAUGGGGAACGCCGUUCCAGCAGCUGAAGCAGGUGGUGGAGGAACCGUCCCCUCAGCUCCCAGCUGACCGAUUCUCCCCGGAGUUUGUGGAUUUCACGACGCAGUGCUUAAAGAAGAAUUCCAAAGAGCGGCCAAACUACACAGAACUCAUGCAACACCCCUUUUUCACCUGCCACGACUCCAAAGAGACGGACGUGGCCAGCUUCGUCAAGAUCAUCCUGGGCGACUGAGUGCCUCUUCUUGGAGACGGCGAGGCAAAGCGGGACUAAUUCCACAGAAAAAAAAAGAAAAAAGAAAAAAAAAACACCUAAUUGCAAGACUGACACCUGUAAGCCACGCCCAUCGCAGGCAGCAGUGCAGGGGGGGUGGGCCAGAGAGAGGGCCAGGGGAGGGGAGGAGACUGGUUCUAAGUGGUCGGGGCAUUUCCUAGGAAAGACACGGAUGAUAGGCAGGGGAUGGGGUUCUGUGUGCGUGCACGUGUGUGUAUGUGCGUGUGAGUGUGUGUGUGCGUAUGUUAAUUAAAGGAGGGUGUUCGAGUCCCGAUCCAGUUAGUUUUUUUUUUUUUUUUUUCUUUCUCCCGUAUAAAAACAUUUGCGAUGCCAGUUUACUUUAUUGCAUUAUAACUUCAACACAUGAAUAAAGCAGCGUGAUUUAGAUAUAUUUAUACGUUAUAUAAAUGUAUUCUGUUAAAAGGUGUAAUAAAUAUAUUGUGGGAUUCAAAAUCAGUUGUUUGAGAGCUUUAAGAGCUGACCUCGGGUCAGUUUUUAAACCUUCCGUGAAUAUGCAAGGUCAAUAGUUAAUCCCACAAAAACUGAUUCUGAGUCAGCGUUGGAUGAUUUUUUAGAAGACACCCUUUUUUAGUGAGUUAUUAAAAAAAAAAAAAGUCAUCCUAAUAAUCCUAAUCUGGUCAAUUUAUCCUACGUUUUUGCUCUCUCCCAUUUCCUAACACACCUGCAACAGGUGAUCGGGUGAAAUCUCAUCGAAUCGGGAUCUGGGACGGAGCAAAAUGUAUCGCAUCUUUGAGGGAAAAGCUUUGCUUAAAUGAUCUGGCUCAGUGAGAAAUUCAGCAGGACCCCACAUGUGUGUGUGCGUGUGUGUGUGUGUGUGUGUGUGUGUGUGUGUUAAGGUUAUCUGGGAAAUUUAUCUUUUUGGUCUGUUGCUUCAUCUAGUCCUCUGUUCUGAGCCAAUCAAGAGAGUUCUCGCUCUGUGUUCAACUGCAAUUCAACUGGAAAUUAUUACUAUUAUUGUCAUGAUGAUUUAUUAUUAUUAUUCCGAUAUCCCCACGUUAUGAGAACAUGCGUAUUAACCUGUCUUGAGGGUGUUUUGCAGUUUCUGUAUUUAUUGUAACUGCUGUUUUUGUUUUUUUUUUCUCAUUGAAAACUUGACAUUUGCUUUCUUUUUAAUUUUAAGGUGUGUUUGUGUGUGUGUGUGUGAAUGUGAGCUUUUGUGAGCAUGUGGGAAAGUGUGUGUGUGUGUGUGUCUGUGUGAAUAUUGUAUUACAGUUUGGACACACGUAGCUGACACUUCUCUGAAAGUCUCACCGUGACUCAGAAGCCUGAUUUUGUGCCUCUUUAUAGAAAAUAAAAUCUACAAUACAUUAAACAAAACAAAACAAAAAAAAAAUGACAAAACCCCAUGCUGCUUUGUGUGAUGCAUGCUUUGCUGCGAGAUUUAAAAUGGAAUUCUUUUACGCUUUGUUUUAUCCAUACACAAUUUUUUUUUUCUGAUCAGUUCUUUUCUUCCCAUCACACAGUUCUAUCACUUUUGGAUCUCGUUGCGGUUUUUUUUUAUCCUACAUUAACGAUGCUUUUACUCAGAUUAAACCGAACUCUGGUGUG